AUGGCGCAGCAUGACUUUGCUCCAGCCUGGCUUAAUUUUCCUACUCCACCAUCAUCAACAAAGGUCACUUGUGCUCCUUUGCAGUCAUCACUGAACUUCGAGAAACAUUCUGAAAAUUUGUCGUGGAUAGAGAAUCGCUGUGAAGCACAUCGCAGAAGACACAACUCUUCAGAUGGGUUUGAUUCUAAUACUGGAAGGCCUAAUGGAGGGCAUUUUGGGAGAAAAGAGAAGAAUGGUUGGCGUUCACAAGGCAGAAGUGGUACAGAAAAUAUAAACCAUCGUGGGGGAUACCGUGGCGGAAGUUCCCGUGCGCGUACCAGCACUUUCUACUGUGGAAAAGGCCAAAGACUGCAUGAAAACAAAGUACCUGAUAAUGAAACUGGGAAAAGGGAAGACAAAGAAGUACCCAAACAGUUUGAGGCUGAGGAUUUUCCAUGUUUGAACCCCCAAUAUGAGAGAGAACCAAACCAGAAUAAAUCUUUAGCUGCGGGUGUGUGGGAGUACCCUUUGAAUCCUAAAUCUAGAUCUCCAAGAAUGCUGGUCAUUAAAAAGGGUAGUAAAAAAGAACUGCAGAUAUCUGGAUUCCCAGUAGGAGGAGGUCUUCAUUCACAGCCAGUAAGGGAUGGAACUAGCACAAGUGUUUAUAAAGGAUUAGUCCCUAAACCUGUUACUCCACCCGCAAAGCCUGCACAGUGGAAAAGCCAAGCAAAAGAAAAUAAAUUUGGGAAUCCAUUGCCUCAUGAAUCUCAAUAUGGUGCUGGCAAUUUCGGUCCUUUCAAAUCAACUGCCAAGGCAUUUGCUGUAUCACAAAAUUCAGUGAAAGAGUGUAAUCGGUCAAAUUCUUCAUCGCCUGUUGACAAAGUUGGUCAGCCUCGUUUAACAAAAUUGACAAGAAUGCGUGCUGAUAAGAAAAGUGAAUUUUUGAAAGCAUUGAAACAAGACAGAGUAGAAGAGGAACAUGAAGACGAGAAUCAUGCUGGGCAAGAGAAGAAGGAUGACUCCUUUAACUUGCAUAACAGCAACAGUCCUCAUCAUGAGAGAGAUAUAAACCAAAACUUUGAAAAUGAAAUUUCGCAGGAGAAUGGCAAUGCUUCAAUUACAUCUCAACAGGUCAUUCGAUCUUCAGCUUUCCCUCAGGCAGAUGUUCUUUCCAGCUCACUUGAGGCGGAGCACAGGUUGUUAAAGGAAAUGGGCUGGCAGGAAGACUGUGAAAAUGAUGAAACAUGCGCUCCACUAACAGAGGAUGAGAUGAGGGAGUUCCUAGUCAUUAGGGAACAGUUACAAAAAAAUGGCCUUCGGAAAAACGGCAUUUUGAAAAAUGGCCUCAUCUGUGGUUAUAAAUUUAGCCCCUGGAAAAACAGCACUUUCAAACCUACUCUGGAGAAUGAGGAUUCUGAGACGAGCAGCAGUGAUACAUCAGAUGAUGAUGUGUGAAGACUUCUGUAACAUCUGUAGGAGCCUGUUUUGAUCUCAUGAAAAUUGGGGAUGUGUUGUCCAAAAAGUAUUUCUAAUUUAUGUAGUAACAUACCCGGCUAGAGUAAGAAUGAUGGGACUUUUCUCUGAAGGAAGCAAUGAAUGUUGUGUUGGGUUUGUUGAACAUGACUAUAAUUUCUUUGUAAACGAAUGUUUAGAAGAGGCCUUGCGUUGACCCAGCAUUGACUUUCUUCAUCACUGAAGCGUUUCUGACUAGCAACAUGACAAUGUAACAAAUCAGACUUUCUCAGUUAAUAAUAAAAACAAAGAAUUGUGUAAUGUGUUGCAAAGCUUCUGUCUUAAAAUGUCCAAGUCUAUAAGGAAAACAAGGGCAGCUUGACACAGUGUUUUGCUUGCCAAGUCAUUUCUUUCUUACAGUGGAAAUCCUUGAGUCCACUUUGUACGCAAAAAGGGCAAUGUAUCAUGUAGGCUAAAAUGAGCAAGUGCACUAAAACUC